GAAGGCCUUUGAAAUAUCGUGUGCAGCUGUGAAGACCAACCAUUCAUCUCAGCAGGAAUUUUUUUUUAUAUAUGGCAUUAAAACUGUGGCACGUUAAGUUAAGGAAAAUCCCAGUUGCACAUCAAGAAAGACUAUUUGCAUGAAACUGUUUCAGUUACUGUGGGGCCAGGCACCAAUGCUGCUCAGCAGGAACCGGGAAUAAUACCAAUGCAUAGAGUCAAACUGAGCCAAGGUACAAAUUGGAGAUGGCAGAAAUGCCCAUUCCUAUAGAGACACAAGAGCAUGAGGAAAUUGAUGGUCAUUCCAGAUACCAGCACUGUGCCCAGUCAGGAGAUAAUUUCUCUCUCCAACUUGGGUUGAACCUCACUGUAACAGUGUGAUACCAGUUCAAACCUUGGCAACUCAAGUGAUCUCAUCUGAAAUGUUGUCCUACACCCAUUGAUGGAUUUUGUAAAUCUUGUUACAGGUUGAGAAUGAGAAGGAAUUUAUCUCCAAGACUCUCAAACACGGCACACCAGUUUUGCUGUCUCUGACUAGAUACUUAAGAAGUGGAGCAAGAGAUUCAAUAGACCAUCUGUCCUUCACAGACUGUGGGGAGGGAUUCACUCGGUCCUUUGGCCAACUGGCAUGUCUGUCAUUUUACGCAGGGGAAAGGCUGUUCACCUGCUCAGACAGUGGGAACGGAUUGACUCGGUUAUCUCGAUUGAAGGUACAUCAGCAAGUUCACACUGGGUAAGGCCAUUCACCUGUUCCGUGUGUGGGAAGGGAUUCAGUCAGUCUUCCCACCUGUGCACACACCAGUCAGUUCAUAACACACCAGGCAGAGGCUGGUCAUCUGCUGAACUUCUGGGAAAGGAUCCACUCAGUCAUCUAACCUAAUGGCUCAUCAGCGAGUUCACACUGGGGAUAAGCCGUUCACCUGCUCAGAUUGUGGGAAGAGAUUCAUUCAUUCAUCCAGCCUACAGAGACAUCAGCGAGUUCACACUGGGGAGAAGCCGUUCAUCUGCUCAGAAUGUGGGAAGGGAUUCACUGAUUCAUCCAGCCUACAGAGACAUCAGCGAGUUCACACUGGGGAGAAACCGUUCACCUGCUCAGAAUGUGGGAAGAGAUUCACUCAGUCAUCCACCCUACAGAAUCACCAGCGAGUUCACACUGGGGAGAAGCCAUUCACCUGCACAAUCUGUGGGAAGAGAUUCACCCAGUCAUCCACCCUACUGAGUCAUCAGCGUGUUCACACUGGAGAGAGGCCAUUCACCUGCUUAGACUGUGGGAAGAGAUUCACUCAUUCAUCCACCCUACUGAGUCACAAGCAAGUUCACACGGGGGAGAGGCCGUUUACCUGCUCAGAAUGUGGGAAGGGAUUCAUUGAUUCAUCCAGCCUACAGAGACACCAGCGAAUUCACACUGGGGAGAAGCCGUUCACCUGCUCAGAAUGUGGGAAGGGAUUCAUUGAUUCAUCCAGCCUACGGAGACAUCAGAGAGUUCACACUGGAGAGAGGCCAUUCACCUGCUCAGAAUGUGGGAAGGGAUUCAUUCAGUUAUUCCACCUACAGAAUCAUCAGCGAGUUCACACUAGUGUGAGGCCAUUCACCUGCACAAUCUGUGGGAAGAGAUUCACACAGUCAUCCACCCUACUGAGUCAUCAGCGAGUUCACACUGGAGAGAGGCCAUUCACCUGCUCAGACUGUGGGAAGAGAUUCACUCAUUCAUCCACCCUACUGAGUCACCAGCGAGUUCACACUGGGGAGAGGCCGUUCACCUGCUCAGACUGUGGGAAGGGAUUCAUUGAUUCAUCCAGCCUACAGAGACAUCAGCGAGUUCACACUGGGGAGAGGCCAUUCACCUGCUCAGAAUGUGGGAACGGAUUCACUCAGUUAUCCAACCUACUGAGUCAUCAGCGAGUUCACACUGGAGAGAGGCCAUUCGCCUGCUCAGACUGUGGGAAGAGAUUCACUCAUUCAUCCACCGUACUGAGUCAUCAGCGAGUUCACACUGGGGAGAGGCCGUUCAUCUGCUCAGUCUGUGGGAAGAGAUUCACUCGGUCAUCCGAACUACAGAGUCACCAACGAGUUCACAUUAGGGAGAAGCCGUUCACUUGUUCAUUCUGUGGGAAGGGAUUCACUAAGUCAUCCACACUACAGAGUCACCAGCGAGUUCACACUGGAGAGAGGCCGUUCACCUGCUCAGUCUGUGGGAAGAGAUUCACUCAGUCAUCCAACCUACAGACUCAUCAGCGAGUUCACACUGGGGAGAAGCCGUUUACCUGCUCAGAAUGCGGGAAGAGAUUCACUCGCUCUUCCACCCUACAGAGACAUCAGCAAGUUCACACCGGGGAGAAGCCGUUCAUCUGUUCAUAAUUUGGGAAAGGAUUCACUCAGUCAUCCCAACUACUGGCACACCAGUCAGUUCACAAUGGGGAGUGGUCGUUAUUAUGAAUCCCUAGGUUUUGCUUGCUGUGGACUGUCAUUUUAAGAGAGAGAGACAGAAAUUAGGAUGGUGAGUCAGUCUGACUUGCAGGUUGUUUAAUUUGCUCACAGCUUGUUUAGUUUUAACUGAGGACAGAGACACUCAGACGGAGAGGAAGGAGGAAAAGUGGAAGGAUCGGAA